UUUGAGGCGGUUUUGUUGUGUGUGGGGUUUUUUGCCCACGUCACCGAACAGACCCCCGCCCGCGCCGGGCCGGGGGCUCCUGCUUCGCCUCCGCUCCCUCCCCCCCCCCCCGCUCCCUCCCCGCCUGUGUGCCAGCAGCUCCUUCCGGGUUAGCAGUAAUUGCCCCCCGCAUCACCCGACGGGGAGCCAGCCAGCCAGACACCCUGCAGGCGGCUGAGGGCAGCCGGAGGAUGGGAGCCAGCAGCCCCGCCGAGCCGAGGGGUGGCACCAAGGCCAGCGAGCCACGAGCCGGCGCUGCCUUUUGAGGGAGAGAGCGGGCGAGGGAGGAGGCUUGGAGCCCGCUGGAGCCCACCCGCCGCCGCGGAGCUGACUGAGCGAGGAGGAGCGAAGGCGCGGCAGGCAUGGAGAGGAAGAGCCCCGCUGCCGCGGGGAAGCCAAACCUCAGCAGCCGGGGGGCGGCCGACGGGCACUGCGCCCUGAGCGGCGGAGGGGCUGCGCGGGGCGGGAGCCCGGCGGCGGGCGCUGCGGAGCCGGGCGAGCUCAUCCGGCGGGCGCUGGACUUCAAGAGCCAAGGGGCGCAGUGCUACAAGGAGAAGAAAUGCCGCGAAGCCAUCGGCAAGUACCACCGGGCGCUGCUGGAGCUGAAGGGGCUGCUGCCGGCCCCGGAGGAGCACCGCGGCGAGGCCGCCACCGCCACCGCGGCCAGCAGCGCGGCCGGGCUGACGGACGAGCAGAGGCGCCUGCUGGAGAGCAUCGAGGUCGACUGCUACAACAGCCUGGCAGCCUGCCUACUUCAAGCUGAGCUGGUGAAUUAUGAGCGAGUCAAGGAAUAUUGCCUGAAAGUACUAAAGAAAGAAGGAGAGAACUUCAAGGCACUCUAUCGGUCAGGUGUAGCAUUCUACCAUCUUGGAGAUUACAACAAGGCACUUUACUACUUGAAAGAAGCAAGGUCUCAACAGCCAGCAGAUACUAAUGUUGUACGGUACAUCCAGCUGACAGAGAUGAAACUUAGCAGAUGUUCUCAGAGGGAAAAAGAAGCCUUGUGAGAGGAAACCCUGAUCUGUGGCACUUCUUGAGUGGACACAUCCUCCCUUAAAAUACCCAUUGGGCAGAUUUUGUCCAUCUGCUCCACCUUAGCUGACAGUUUGUCUGCCUUCUCCUUUACUUUUGAUCUGAGCUCAAGCAUUAUGUUUCCAUGUUUUUCAAAGAAAAGACUUCAUCUUUGGCUAUUUGCUGGCAUCAUGUUAAAAUCCCAGCCCUUUUGGCACAAUUGCUCUAGGCAGUCACGUUCUGGGACUUUGUCUGAAGGGAUGCAUUUAGCCUCCAGCUGACUGUUUGCUGAGGGACCACCUCCCCAAAACUACAUUACCAUGCAGCAAAUGAGAGAUCCACUCUUUUUCCUGGCUGGCUGAGAUGAAGGACAAGAGCCUUCAGCUACAUCAUGAGAGACAAGAAUUCUCGUUUGGCAGCUUCACUACACUUGUGGACAUUUUAGCUCCAGGAGGAAGCCCUGUUUAAAGUCUCGUGCCAAUGAGACUAUUUGCAAUACAAUCAAUCUGCUUAAAGCACAGGAAAGAUAUAUUUUAAGCAACAAACCCUUAACAAGUGGGAAAGGGAUUUUAGGGGUCACAGUGAAACUUUUAAAAGAAUGUGAAAGGACACUGUAUUGUUUUGGGUAUAAAACUGUAGUGUGAUAAAGUAAUAUCAAGUAUAUAUUUAUAGGCAACAAUCCCACAUGUUAUUUCUAGAAGAUACAGCUGGGCUCACAGUGCUUCUAAAGAGGUACUGUGAUCUCGCAUCUAGUUUCUGCUCUGACAGUGGAAACAGGUGCACUGAAUUACAGCUUUGCCACCAUCCUGAUGGGAAUCCAUGGCAAGUCAUGUAUCCCCUUUGCCUGUUUCUCCAUUUGUGCAGUGGGAUUAGCAAUGCCUCCCUACCUCACAAGGGCUGUUGUGAGGAUUUGUUGAUGUUUGUACAGUGCUAAAUAUUUGCAAUCCUUCCAUCUCAGUUGGUUGCCUGCCUGUCUGAAUUUACUUUCUUUCAUUUAUUCUUGGAACAUUGAAAGGGAUGCAAUGAACAGUCCAUAAUUCCCAAAGCCAAGCUAUUAGCUAUUUCACAUAGAAGCACAGAGCAGGCACCAGCUGUCUAAACCUCUCUGCAAUCUCUAUGUUGUUCCUAUGGGGAAUUUAGAGCAUAGUUCAGUCAAUUUAAAGUCCCACUGAUUUCUAUGGGAAAGCUAAGCAUAUUCUUAAAUCUCAUUGAAAAUGAAAAUCAGGAAACUUUUGGUUGAUUGUGCCUUUAGUUUACAUGUUAUUUUAAGAAAUAUUUUAGCCACCUGCCUCUAGGCACAAAGAUGCACCAACAGUGCACAAGAACAUAGAGGUUAGCUCACAAGAAUAUGGAGGUUAGCAUCAUUCAGUGGUCCAUGUUUCUUAGGCUCUUUACUGGCUCACAUACCAAGUCAGACCAUACAGUAUAUCUAGCUAUCUACUCUGACUAGGAAUAGGAAGGCUUUUCCAACUUAGCUACAAAUGAUUUUUUUAACAUGAGGUGAAAUGAACAUGCGACCUUUUAAGUGCAGAAAAUGUACUACUAAGCUAUGUUUUCUUCACCUGCCAAAAGCCAAUAGUGUGAAUUCUUCUGUUUGGAGACUGAGGAUCCACCUCCCAUUUUAUACUAUCUGUGGUUCAUUUAAGGGCCUUGCCAUACAAUCAGGCUGGGAUGGAGGAUGGUACUAUGCAAUAUUCUCUGGAGAUCAACCUAAAUAGUCAUGAAAAAAACCCUAAAGGGGAUCCAUUCUCCAUCUAAAUUAGAAGCUGGUGGUUGCUAUUUAUUUUGAAACAGUUAUCACUUUUGUAUGCCACAUCCCUCCAAGCUGUAUACAUACAAAGCUGCGUACAUGCAGUUCGCCCAUUUUGUUUUCACAAUAAUCUGGUGGAAUGGAUAGGCUGAGAUAGCAACUACCCUGUAAGCUUUCUGGCUAAACAUACAUUUGAACCCACACCUCCCUGUUUAAUGCCCAGCACUCUAUCCGCUAUACCUCACUGGUUCCCUAAAGCAGUAAUAGUCAGAAUUUCUAGAGCUGGGCCUCACCUUUAACCCCAGGCAGUGAUAUGGGACCCACUGAGCUUCAAGCACAUGACAGAAAGUCACAUAACACCAGAGUCCUGUGACAGAGAGACGAAGAACCAGGGUCCCACCUCUGCUAAAGUAGAACCCCCUCCAUUGCUGAGAACCUUGCCCCAUGGGUCCUGCUGCUUCAUUUACAGUGGCUCUAGACAAUAUAUUUCGACACAGGCAUGCACUUGCUUUAAGGUGCUCUGUGCAGUCACACAGCAGCUGAGGUGAAUUGCUUCUUUUAACAAAGGAGUGUUAAAAUAGUGCGGGGGGAAGGAAAGGCUCCUGCUCUCCACUCAGCGCUGUAUUUUGCAUGAAAACUGCACGAGAAUGGAGAUAUAUUCACAAUCAGCAAAAUUACUCCACCCCAUGUGCUGUUUUUGCUCAAGAAAAAGACAUGGGCGAAAGGCACAUACUUCCUCUCCCCUCAUGGCAUUGUUUUGAACUUGUUUGAGCUCUCUCCUUUUUUAAAAAAGGAUCAGCUCAGCUGCUUUGUGACUGUGCAGAGCACCUUAAAACAAGUGCAUGCCCGCAUAGAAAUGUUUCAUCUAGAGCCACCCUUAGUAUGAGUGAAAAAGAGGCAGGAAGUAGGGCAUCCUUGCCCUGAGCAUAUGAGUAACUAGCAGCAGCUCCUUUCAAAAAGCAGCAAAAAGGCAACUUCAUAAGAGCUUGCAGCUGGGGCUCUGUCACACACUUGAAGAUCCCUAAACCAUACAGGUUAGCUAUUCAUGUACAGUAGUUUCACAGUCAUAAAGACAUGUGGCCUAGAAGCACCGAUGAGUUUAGAGAGGCAAUGUUUGUUGUGAAAUGCUUACAUAAAAAAUACAUUCUUGUAACUUUUAUGAGGGUCUGAGCUUUAGCCCUAAUUUCAGUGCUUGGUGACUGGACACGUGAAAAAGAGGACCUCUAAGCAUGAGCAGAGUGCUUUUUACUGGUCACUGAGCAAACACAGCAAGCCCAUGCAGCUCCAGCAUUAAGAACAAGAUAUCCAGAUUCCUGAAUGUGGUAGUAGUGUGACACCAGAACAUUUCAGUUUAGAGAUUAACUGCUGAGUUACAUGUUCUUGUAAAUGUAUCCCAUAUAAUGAAAUCUAGAUUGCAUUCCCUGUGCUCUAUUAAUUUCUGAGGGAUUAAUUUCCCAUUAUUGUAUUUCAACUUGACCUCUGCAGUGCAUUUAUAAAUACUAUGUCCUAAUCAUGUUACAACUCUGAUUUUAAGUGAAAUUUCAAAUAACUUUGUUGAAAAUCAAACUAGAACAAUCUCCAAAAGUUUGUAGGAAUUUCCCUCACCUUUCUGAUCAAAUCCUGGGGCUCCAUUUUGUAGGAUGCAUGCAUUCUGUAGGCUUUGUGCAAUUAUUUUUUCUUGAGAUUAGUGCAUUGCCUUUUGGUGUGCAGUACUAGUAUAAUCUGUGCCACAUCUAGAUCAGCCUCAUGCACCAGGAAGUUCAAUUUUGAUAUAUAAAGACAGGAUAUUGCCAAGCAAAGAAUUUUGAAUAAAUUAACAAGCAUCAUCAAUGAGCUG